CGGCGGGGGCGGGUUCUGUGGAGCACCCAGCUGCAGCCGCGGAGCCGGACGUGUCCGCGAAGAUGGCGGGCCGGAGUAUGCAAGCUGCAAGAUGUCCUACAGAUGAAUUGUCAUUAACCAACUGUGCAGUUGUGAAUGAGAAGGAUUUCCAGUCUGGCCAGCAUGUGAUUGUGAGGACCUCUCCCAGUCACAGGUACACAUUUACACUGAGGACCCAUCCAUCAGUGGUGCCAGGGAGCAUUGCAUUCAGCCUACCUCAGCGAAAAUGGGCUGGACUUUCUAUUGGGCAAGAAAUAGAAGUCUCCUUGUAUACAUUUGACAAAGCUAAACAGUGUAUUGGCACAAUGACCAUCGAGAUUGAUUUCCUGCAGAAAAAAAACAUCGACUCCAACCCUUAUGAUACCGACAAGAUGGCAGCAGAAUUUAUUCAACAGUUCAACAACCAGGCUUUCUCAGUGGGGCAGCAGCUUGUGUUUAGCUUCAAUGAAAAGCUUUUUGGUUUACUGGUGAAGGAUAUUGAAGCCAUGGAUCCUAGCAUCUUGAAGGGAGAGCCUGCAACUGGUAAAAAACAGAAGAUUGAAGUAGGACUGGUUGUUGGAAAUAGUCAAGUCGCAUUUGAAAAAGCAGAAAAUUCAUCACUCAAUCUUAUUGGCAAAUCUAAAACCAAGGAAAAUCGCCAAUCUAUCAUAAAUCCUGACUGGAACUUUGAGAAAAUGGGAAUAGGAGGUCUGGACAAAGAAUUUUCAGACAUUUUUCGACGAGCAUUUGCUUCGCGCGUAUUUCCUCCAGAGAUUGUGGAGCAGAUGGGUUGUAAACAUGUUAAAGGCAUUCUGUUAUACGGGCCCCCAGGUUGUGGUAAGACUCUCUUGGCUCGACAAAUUGGCAAGAUGUUGAAUGCAAGAGAGCCCAAAGUGGUCAAUGGGCCAGAAAUCCUCAACAAAUAUGUGGGAGAAUCAGAAGCUAACAUUCGCAAACUUUUUGCUGAUGCUGAAGAGGAGCAAAGGAGGCUUGGUGCUAACAGUGGUUUGCACAUCAUCAUCUUUGAUGAAAUUGAUGCCAUCUGCAAGCAGAGAGGGAGCAUGGCUGGUAGCACUGGAGUUCAUGACACUGUCGUCAACCAGUUGCUGUCCAAAAUUGAUGGGGUAGAACAGCUGAACAAUAUCCUUGUCAUUGGAAUGACCAAUAGACCAGAUCUGAUAGAUGAGGCUCUCCUUCGACCCGGAAGACUGGAAGUUAAAAUGGAGAUAGGCUUGCCAGAUGAGAAAGGUCGACUACAGAUCCUUCACAUCCACACAGCAAGAAUGAGAGGACAUCAGUUACUCUCUGCUGAUGUAGACAUUAAAGAAUUAGCUGUGGAGACCAAGAAUUUCAGUGGUGCUGAAUUGGAGGGUCUGGUGCGAGCAGCACAAUCCACUGCUAUGAACAGACACAUAAAGGCAAGUACUAAAGUGGAAGUGGACAUGGAGAAAGCAGAGAGCCUGCAGGUGACAAGAGGAGACUUCCUUGCUUCUUUGGAGAAUGAUAUCAAACCAGCAUUUGGCACAAAUCAAGAGGAUUAUGCAAGUUAUAUUAUGAAUGGAAUCAUCAAAUGGGGUGACCCAGUUACUCGAGUUCUGGAUGAUGGGGAGCUGCUGGUCCAGCAGACUAAAAACAGUGACCGCACACCACUGGUUAGCGUCCUUUUAGAAGGCCCUCCUCAUAGUGGGAAGACUGCAUUAGCUGCAAAGAUCGCAGAGGAAUCCAACUUCCCCUUCAUCAAGAUCUGUUCUCCUGAUAAGAUGAUUGGCUUUUCUGAGACAGCCAAGUGUCAGGCCAUGAAGAAGAUCUUUGAUGAUGCAUACAAAUCCCAACUCAGUUGUGUGGUUGUGGAUGACAUUGAGAGAUUGCUAGAUUAUGUCCCCAUUGGCCCCCGAUUUUCUAAUCUGGUAUUACAGGCUCUUCUUGUGUUACUGAAAAAGGCACCUCCUCAGGGCCGAAAGCUUCUUAUCAUUGGGACCACUAGCCGCAAAGAUGUCCUUCUGGAAAUGGAAAUGCUUAAUGCCUUCAGCACCACCAUCCACGUGCCCAACAUUGCUACUGGAGAGCAGCUACUGGAAGCUUUGGAGCUUUUGGGCAAUUUUAAAGAUAAGGAACGCACCACAAUUGCACAACAAGUCAAAGGGAAGAAAGUCUGGAUAGGAAUCAAGAAGCUACUGAUGUUGAUCGAGAUGUCCUUGCAGAUGGAUCCUGAAUACCGCGUGAGAAAAUUCUUGGCCCUCUUGAGAGAAGAAGGAGCUAGCCCUCUUGACUUUGAUUGAAAAUGAACUCUUUGCAACACACGGUGACCAAGGGACAUGACCAAGGUGAAGAUGGCCUGGGAUCUUCACUCAUCUUGCUGGAGAUACUGGACUAAGUGAAACAUUCUCUACCUUCAACCUGCACUCACUGCAUGAUUAGUGCAAAAACACUCCCCUCUUCAUGCUUAUUGAGAUAUUCUGGUGUUUUUGUGGAAAGUGUAAAUCUGCUUAAGAUGCUGUGCUUACCUUCCCCCGAGCUGAGGUGGUUCCUUCUUACUCAGAGUCUGUGUGGGAGCCGUACUGUAUUUGUGCACACUACACAUUUGAAGCUCCGUACCACCUGAAAACUAUUAGUAAAGGUAACAAAUGUUGCAGGACAACACUUGACCUUGUUAGAAGGUCGACUUUCUGCAUGCAAAACAAGAGCAGUGAGCAGAGGCGUGGGUUCUCUGGGACUCUAUACAACUCCCCUACGCUUACACUAACGGUAAUUGGUAUUUGGUUAAAGGUAUUCCCGUGGAACUGGUUAUUAUUGCCUGAAGAAACAGGGCUUUGAAUAUCUAAGAUGCUGUUCUUAAUCAUUUUCAGGGAUAUUUUCAAGUUGCAAUCAGGAGAUCUUUCUUAUUAGAAAGUCCAAUUGUCACUGUGGUGGCUGUGACAUCCCCUUGAUAUAAUUAAUUUGCUCUGUGGUAAGAUAUAUGCUAAUUAUUACCACUCAGAAGAUGUUGUUAAAAACUUAUGAAA